AUGUCGACCUUUACCCCUUUCUCCAGGCUCCCCAUGGAGCUCCGCGACCUCGUCUGGCAAGCGAGCAAGCCCACAACAGCAACCGUCGAAUUCGACGAAGACGCAUACCAGGUCACAAGCAUUUCCCCACCAUCCGCCCUUCUCACCACCUCAAAAGAAGCGCGGGCCACAGCGUUGUCCUUCUCUCUCCAAAAAUUCCCCAUAUGGGGCCCAGAAGACUGGGAAGAUCUGGCCAUAGAUCCCAAGAACACGAUCCUGGAGAUCGUCAUCAGACCGUCAAAGUCCACCUCCCUAAACAUCACAUGGACCGACAUCUGGGGUGUACUGGGCGACGCACUACCAGCCACAAGCCGCCUUCACAUCGUAUGUACUCAGCCUGAGCGUCUAGCCAGGCUAUACAUGGCAGAAGAAGCAGAGUACCUUGGUGUGGGCCAAUCCUGCGUCGAAAGCGGGUUAUUCAACAACGCCGAAACCGUUUCGAGUGAGCGAAAAACACGCCAAUCACUACACGCACACCUCACGGUCACUGCUAGCAAGCAUACCGUUGAAAAAAUCGACCAGAACGCCUCUGAAAAAGAGGUUACCGUUUGGAAGAUUGCCGACCAAGACGUUUCGGACGACUUUGGGCCCAAGGCCAAUUUUUUCACCACCAGGGGUCUCGCGCGCGUUGAGGUCGACAAUACCUCAUACAUGUCCGUAGAGCAGCUCCACAAUGCUGCGAGGACCUUCGCGCUGCCCGUUCGAGAAGGGAUGGAGAGGGAUGUGUCAGGGGGAGAGGAGGUGGUAAAGUCAGGGAUGGAUCUGACUGAGGAUGCUGUUGCAAAGCAUCUGGAGGAGUGUGUGAGACUGUGGGCGCCUAAGCCAAAGGAUCUCAACUGGGAUCCGGAGGGUAGCGUUGCGGCUGAGGAGAACGACGCCGUCUGGAAGUGGCUUGAGUAG